GCCACGCCACUUCUCACCGUGUGAUCUGAAUCCUUUAACCCAUCUGGCCCUCGACAGGCCCUCCGUCCCCAUUCCGCUGGCGCCGACCCGCCGCCGCCCCCUUCCGCAACGCCAGUGGCGCUCCCCCACAAGUUGGUCCUCGCCGCCGGACGAGGUCACCGUCUGCUGGCCGCUCCCUUCGGAUCCUAGGCUUGCCCUCUCCGGAUCAAAGGUACUAGUGAGCUUUCGCCAUGUCGAGGCUGCGGGCGCUCUGGCAAGCUUCCGUGAACGCUACCAAGCGAGCUGUUGUAUGGAAUUCAGAAGAUUUAUUUCCACCAAGUGAAAGAUACAUCUUCAAUUUCAAUUCAAAAGAUGAGGUGAAGAAGUGGCACUUGUACUCGGAUUCAGAGUAUGGAGGUUUAUCAUCCGCAUCACUGGAGAUAACUGAUAGUGUUUCUGGUGGAGAUACUUCAUCAACAGGUGUCUUUUCUGGCAACCUCUCCUUGGAUAUGUCCGAGGGAUCACCAUGGAGGAUCAGGCGGAGUGGUUUCUGCGGAAUGCGAUCAAAGAAGUUUGAUGGUUACAUCGAUCUUGAUUCGUAUGAUACAAUAGCAAUGAAGCUCAGAGGGGAUGGAAGAACCUACAUAUCUACUAUAUACACAGAGAACUGGGUGAAUUCACCUGGACAAGAGGAAGAUAACUCGUGGCAGGCUUUCGUGUACGUACCUCAGGGUAGCUGGCGGAUCUUGAAGAUCCCUCUCGAUAGCUAUUUACCUACAUGGAAAGGAAACGUGAUCGAAGCGAACAUGGAAAUGAAUCCUUCUCGCGUCGUGGGAAUGUCUCUCUCGUUAAAUGCAGAAGGCGGCGUUCCUGGUGCUAAGACUGGGCCAGGCGAUUUUAGAUUAGACGUUGAUUGGAUCAAGGCGAUGAGGUCCCUGUGAUUCCUGCAGUUUGUUCUUCCGGCUUUCACAAGAUAGAGGCCUAAAAUUCCAACGAGCAUUUUCCUUCCAGUUUGAUUGCUGAGCUCCUUAACAAAAGAGAAUCUCAUUCUCUAUGCAGCUUCUUUGUCCUACGGCGAUAGAUGAGUGUCGUCAAUAACAACGGUAAAACCGUCAUACCACAGAUUGACAAAUCCAGCAUCCAUUGUAGAUGCAUGAAAUGUUUCACUUUGUAUCAGAGCAGUAACCUUGGAAAUAGUUAUCUUUUCAGGGCCAUUGAAUAAAGAUUUUUUCUUCAGGCCA